AUGACGAUAAUCAGAAAUCAGAAAAACUCAAAACGAGAUGAUUUACAAGGCAUUCGAGGCUUGGCUAUUCUCUCGGUUCUUGGUUUUCAUUUUUAUCCCAGACAAUUUCCAAAUGGAUAUUUAGGAGUCGAUCAAUUCUUUGUUUUAUCGGGUUUUUUGAUGUGUAUGCUACUCACAAAAUCUAAAAAACUCCCGAUAUUUUCCUUUUUCACUCAAUUCUACAUUCGUCGAUUCAAACGGAUACUUCCCUUGUAUUUUUUAGUCAUUUUAUGUACAGUCAUUGCUCUCUACACAGUUUUCCCAACCGCUGCAAUUCUUCAAAAUCAAAUGUCCGCUGGAAAAGCAUUGAUAUUUACAUCUAACAGAGCCCACACUGAAGAUGAAGACUAUUUCGAGAAGCUUGCAGUGGCCAUGGAUCUAUUCACGCAUACUUGGUCUCUAUCAGUCGAGAUUCAAUUCUAUUUCAUUAUUCCAUUCAUUUUUUUAAUUGGCCUCCAACUAAAAGGAGCAUCCAGAUACAUCUAUUAUGCAUGCCUUUCUGGGUUAUCAUUCAUCUUUCAUGCCACUUCUCCGACUUCCGUUGCUUUUAACAGUGUUUUUGCAAGAAUCUGGCAGUUUUCAGUUGGAAUGAUGGCAUAUUUUAUGGCCGAUAGCCAGAAAAGGAACACAAUUCUCUAUAAGUCAUUAGGAAACAUGGAGAAGGAAGCUGAAAAGGUAUUGGAGGAUGGCAGAGUUAUGAAAAGAGAAGAAGGAGUGGGAAUAAUUAUUUUGGUAAAGCAUACUGUUCUAAUUAUAUCAAUGUUGGUUAUGCUGAUUCCUGUAGAGCUUACUCCACUUCCAGUUAGAUUAUUCAUCACUAUUUUCACUGGUAUAUUAAUAGUACUAGAUGUGGAAGAUGCGGUUUUAACUUCUCAAUUUUUGAUCUAUAUCGGGGAUAUAUCCUAUGCACUAUAUCUGAUUCAUUGGCCAAUUUAUGCUUAUGCCAAACUGACAUAUCCAGGAAACACAUGGAUUCUUACAUCAGCGCUUAUAAUUUCGAUUCUUUUGGCAAUGUUGGUUCAUCAGACCUACGAACGGUGGUAUUUGAGACAAUCGAACAAUAUGAUUGCCACUUUGGUCAUUAUUUUGUUUUCCUCAAAUGCAAUUUUCAUUUACCGGGAUCAAAUUCAAGAAAAUGUGGAUAGAACAAUGAAUAAUACAGUAUCUUCUGAUGGAAAAUAUCCGAGAUUUGAUGGAUGGACACCAAACAUGACAUUGGAUGACGCGCAAAAAAUGAACUAUCAUUGGAAUCGAUAUGAUAUCAACGAUCCGAAGCUCAGAGAGUCUGGAUGCGUACAUAAAUUUCCGAAUAAAAACUGGUGUGAGUACCCGGGUAAUGGAACUGAAUACAAAAUUGCUAUUCUCGGAAGUAGCUACGCUCGAAAUCAUUAUAAACUGAUUAUCCAAGAGUGUAGAAAUCGAGCGAAGGCUUUUACAACGGCUGAUGUCAUGGGUUGUGAACCUAUUGCUGCACCUCAUAUUCCUGUGGAUAAUGGACGAGCGUUUGCAAAAACAUGGUCUCCUACGUGUGCCAAUCAUCUGAUUAUGUUUGUGGACUUCAUUAAUACGACUCAACCAGAUUACGCAUUCAUCAUGUCAAGAUUUUUCGCCGUAGCGGAACCCUAUAACAAUGGACCCGAUAACUUGAAUAAUGAUACGGUGUAUUUGGAAAUGAAAAGUCAAUUGAAGAAAAUGCUUCCGAAUAUCAAAAAAAAAUUGUUCAUUCUGGAUUCGUUUCCGAGAAUUCAAACCAAAGAAAUUGCAAAGAUUGCUGAAGAAAUGAAAAAAGGGAACAAGAAAAUGGAAGAUAUCAAUAAAUCGUUGUAUGACCCGUUCCAUUAUGAAAGGGGACGCCAUCGUUAUGCUGAAUUGGUGAAAAAUGAAUGUGGACCGAAAUGUGAACUGAUUGACUACGUAGAUGCAUUCUGGAACAAAACCAUGAAUGCGUUUCAGUAUUUUGAUUCGAAUGGAUUCACAUAUUUUACAAGUAUCAAUCAUGUAUCGGCUCAUGGACUGGAACACGUUCGACCGAUUUAUAACAAAAUUUGUUCUGGGUUAUAG